AUGGAAAAUGGUGAAGUGGGUUCCAAUGAUUUGCUGGGUUUACUCUUACAGUGCAAAGAACAAGAGCAGAACAGUAUGACAAUUGAGGAUGUGAUAGAAGAGUGCAAGCUCUUCUACUUUGCUGGCCAAGAGACCACAGCCAACUGGCUCACUUGGACUAUGAUUGUCUUGUCUAUGCAUCCAAGCUGGCAAGAAAAAGCAAGAGAAGAAGUCCUACGUGUGUGUGGAAAGGAAACACCUGAUUUGGGUGCCAUAAAUCGCCUCAAGAUUGUAUCUAUGAUAUUGAAUGAAGUUCUGAGGUUAUAUCCACCUGUGACUGUUCUAUAUAGGCACACCCAAAAGAAAACCAAUAUAGGAGGCCUUUCCAUCCCAGCUGGGGUUGAAUUUGUGUUGCUGAUUCUGUUUCUCCAAUAUGAUCCAAAAUAUUGGGGUGAGCAGGUUGAGGAAUUCAACCCAGAGAGAUUUGCUGAAGGAGUUUCCAAGGCAUCAAAGGAUGAAUUUGCCUUCUAUCCAUUUGGUUGGGGCCCUAGAAUUUGUUUGGGCCAAACUUUUGCUGUGAUAGAAGCAAAGAUGGCUCUGGCUAUGAUUCUUCAACAUUUCUCUUUUGAGCUCUCACCCUCUUACACUCAUGCUCCCAUUGUGGGCAUUACCCUUCAGCCACAGCAUGGAGCCCCUAUUAUACUUCACAGAAUUUAA